GCCAAGUUUUCUUUACGGCGUUUCCCUGACACACUGGAUGGCCUCAUGCUCGAACUGAGCCUCGUGGCGACCCGUGUCGGUCGGCUGACCACUUCGGGCUAGUGCCAUUGUGGGGUGGAGGGGUAGCUUCGAAACCACUUAACAGCCAACGCCAACACCUCACGGAGCAGUGCGAUUCCCCUCGACAUUUGAAUUACAGAAUCGCAGCACAACAUGGCUACAAUUAGCGGCGUCAAGCCUGAAAGUCGUCCGGACUGGAACAACCACAAAGUUCUACACAAGAACACGCUGCCUGUGCGAGCGUACUUCCACAACUACACCUCCGAAUCGGAUGCUCUUUCACGCGAUGUGAGCAAGUCCAAGACGCACAGCCUGUCGGGCACGUGGAAGUUUCAUUUCGCCAAUUCCCCCUUCGAAGCUGUUGAGGGCUUCGAAGUCUCCUCCUUCGACACCUCGUCAUGGAGCGACAUCGCCGUGCCCGGCAUGUGGAAUCUGCAGGGAUUCGGGAAAGGCCCGCAGUACACAAACGUCAAGUAUCCCAUCCACGUCGACCCUCCAAAUGUUCCGUUCUACGAUAACGAGACUGGAUCGUACGUGAGGAAAUUCUCCGUCCCCAAAGAGUUCAAGAAUGACCAGAUCCGAUUGAGGUUCGAGGGUGUGGAUUCUUCAUACCAUGUGUGGGUCAACGGUAAACAGGUGGGGUACUCUCAAGGUAGCCGCAACCCAGACGAGUUCGAUAUCACAGACUUUGUCGAUCUGGAUAAAGAAAAUACGCUUGCGGUAAGGGUCUAUCAAUGGUGCGACGGGACGUAUAUCGAAGACCAAGACCAGUGGUGGCUGAGCGGCAUCUUCCGAGACGUGUUUUUGGUCGCGUUUCCCAAGAAGUCCCGUGUUGAGAACCUGCACGUGCAAACGUUGCUGGAUUCUUCCUACAAAGACGCGGAGCUCAAAGUCAGCCUCGAAACAACAGGCCUCGGCGGUGUCAGCCUCAAACUGUUCGAUGCUGACAAGAAACCUGUCACCAGCGCGACGGCCAACGCAACCAGUGAAAGUAGCAGCAAAUGGACCAUUUCCAUUCGCGGCCAAAACCCCCACAAGUGGACUGCGGAGACGCCCUAUCUGUACCACCUAAUCAUCGCGCUCGACGACAACCAGUUCAUUCCCAUUCGCGUAGGGUUCCGCCAAGUUGAAAUCAAAGACGGCCUGCUCAAGGUCAACGGCAAGCGUAUCUGUUUCCGGGGCACUAAUCGUCACGAACAUCACCCAAAGUUCGGUCGUGCCGUUCCUUUGGAAUUCCUCAAGCACGACUUGCUAACCAUGAAGCGUCACAACAUCAAUGCUAUUAGGACUUCGCAUCAAUUGAACGAUCCACGACUGUUGGGGCUCGCUGACGAGAUGGGUUUCUGGAUGAUUGAUGAAGCAGAUCUCGAAUGCCACGGCUUCGAGAUGGUAGCUGACGCACUUCUCAACAAGCAGGAGCGCGAGCUCCCGUUCGCUGAACGCCAGAUGCUGACUCGGGGUGGAGCUGCCAAAUGGACGACAGAUAACCCUGAGUGGAGGGAUGCUUAUAUUGACCGCGCAGAGCACUUGAUCAAGCGCGAUCAGCUCCACCCAUCCGUCAUCAUCUGGAGUCUCGGAAACGAAGCCUUCUUCGGGCAGAACUUCAAGGAGAUGUACAAGCAUAUCAAAGAUUACGACGAUAGUCGCCCCAUCCACUACGAGCCAGAUUACGAUGCCGAGACCAUGGACGUGUUCUCGCGGAUGUACUCACACCCCGAUUGGGUCGAUUGGUUUGGAAGAGAAGGAAGCAAGGAGAAGCCGCUCAUCCUUUGCGAAUUUAUCCACGCUAUGGGCAACGGACCCGGUAACAUCAAAGAAUACGUCGAUUUGUUCUACAAGUAUCCCUCUGUCCAGGGUGGCUUCGCAUGGGAGUGGGCGAACCAUGGUCUCUUAACGAAGGACAAGGAGACUGGCGACGAGUACUACGCUUAUGGCGGUGACUUUGGGGAGAAGGUCCACGACUCCACCUUUGUGAUGGACGGCCUACUAAAUUCCGACCACACCCCCAACCCGGGUCUUAUCGAAUACGCCAAGGCGAUCGAGCCGGUACAGCUUCUCCACAGCACCAGUUCCACUGCCACGUUCAUCAACAGAUACGAUUUUGUCACCCUGGACCACCUCACUCUCAACUGGCACGCCGUCAAUGAGGAAGGCGAUGAGACCUCCAAAGGCGAACUCAAGAUCCCAUCCGGCAUCGGUCCAGGCCAAGAUUUCUCCGUCGACCUCCCCAAAUUCAAGAGCGCCAAAUCCGAAACCGUCAUCCAUUUCACCUUCAAUCUGAAAGAAAGCACCAUCUCUCUCUCCAAGGGCUGGACCGUCGCCACAGGCGAAGCCAUCGUACACCCUUCGCAAGCCAUCCACGCGCCGCCGUCCUCCGACAAAGACCUAAAAGUCACCACACCUUCCCCGAAUGAAUUGCAUAUUGAAGCUGGUGACUCCAAAUGGAUCUUCAACACACUCUACGGCCACCUGGCUUCCUGGACCAAGCACAGGCAGGAACUGAUCACGACCCCGCCCACCCUCUCCAUCAACCGCGCGCAAACAGACAACGACAAGCCCCAAGACGGCUGGAACUGGCACGACCGACUUGUGCACCUGGCCCAGCCCUACACACGCAAAGUGUCCUAUGACCAGCCCGACAGCAAGACCCUCGCCGUCACAGUAACCCAGCAGAUAAUCCCUCCUGUGCUCUCUUGGUCCAUCGACAUCACCACCGUGUACACGUUUUCCAGCGUGGGCAGCGUGCAGGCACACGUGAAGGGCGUGCCGACGGGGCUGAACCUGCCGGACAGCCUGCCGCGCAUCGGCUUUGUGUUGGAAAUGCCGCACGCGUUCCAGGCCGUGGAGUGGUUCGGCCGCGGGCCCGGCGAAUCCUAUCGCGACAGCAAGUUCGCGCAGCACACCGCGCUCCACCGCGCCUCCUCCAUCGACGCGCUCUGGACCGACUACGAAGUACCCCAAGAGUCUUCCAACCGGACCGACACGCGCUGGGUCAAACUCUCGUCCUCCGAGAAAAAGGAGGUUAGUCUGCUUGCGCAGUUCAUCAGCGGGAAGGAGAGAAAGCUGUUCGACUUCCAAGCAACUCACUACCGCAUCGACGACGUGGCGGGCUCGGACCAUCCGUACAAGUUGCACAAGAAGAAGAGGGAGGAGGUGGUGUUGCGGCUGGAUGCGGUGCAUCACGGGCUGGGGACGGGGAGUUGUGGGCCGAAGACGUUGCCGGCGUAUAGGCUCGAGACGAGGGAGUUUGAGUUUGAGGUGUUGCUGCAGUAGAGUGCAGGCGAGGCAGACUGGCAUAGCAUAUUUGAGGGCUCAUUUCAUCCGUAGUACGUGCGUAUGUUUGUUUGGUGAUCGAAUCACAAGUUGAAUGCGAGGAUUGCGGCCCAGAUCUCGGAGUCAAUGGUAGCAUUGCGAUCGUCUCUGUUCUUAGCCUGG